AUGUUUGAAGAAAUUAAAGUGAGCGAGAUUCUUUAAUCGGAUAUUAUUGAGCAUUCAAAAAUUACACUUUCAGGAAGUGCUUCAAAUGAUAUCUAUUAAUGCACAGAUUCAUCUAUUUCCUUAGAAAUUGAUUAAACUGCUUAUAUCUUGUAUUGCAUAAUUUUAUUCCCUUUAGAAAAUUAGCUAAUAGUUAGACAGUGUCUAUUAACAUAUAUCAUAUGAAAGAGAUAUACACGAAACCAAUUUCAUAUACUUGUGAGUAUGUAAACUUUACAUGUCCAAUUACAUAAAAUGGAUGCACAUUAAUAAAUGAUAAUAAUACACCUUACUUAUUAGUAGUUACACAAGUUGGACACAUCUACUAUAGAAACUUAAAAACUAAUACUUCAAUGUUAUUAAAGAAUUUGAUGAUUGAAAAUAUAAAAAUAUAAUGCUUCGUAAAAUCAUUGAUUCAAAAAGAAAAGUUUGAGUUUUAUUUAAUGACUAACACAGAUCUUUUAUAUCAUGUAACUUUAGAUGUUGUUGGAGGGGAAUUUUAAAAAAAUAAGUAUCAAAUAAGUUUUGGUACUAAAAUUUUUAGUAAACUUUUAAACAGCUUUUCUUAAGAUUAGAAGAUUGCCUUUCAAUUAAAUGAUAAGUAGAUUUUAAAUUUUUCAUAAAAUUAUCAAUUUAGUUUAUUAGAAAUGCAAAAAACAGAGUUUCAAACAAUUUAAUUAUAAUGUUAGGAUAGGAUCAAAAGUAAUCAAAUUGAUAUAUUUUAAUAAAAACCAAGUGGAAAAUUAUUUGUAUGCUAUUAAUUAAAUGAUAAUCUAAAAAUAUGUACUAUAAAUUAAAAUUAAUUAAUUAUUAAUUAUGUUGUAAAUUUAUCAAAAAUACAACUAAAUAACCAUUAUUAUUUAAGUAGUACAUAAAAUUAGAUUAUUUUGAUUUAAGAUUUUGAAAUCUAUUAAUUAGAUUAAUAAAAUAUGAAUUUAGAAUUAAUAAAUGAAAAUUAAUAUUCAGUUUAUGGAUAUCUGAGUUAAGAUGACAAAUUAUUAUUAUUUUAUAAGAAUUAAUUAACAUACAUUAGAUUGAUUUCAGAUAAAAUUAGUAUAAAAUAGAAUGAAUUAAGAAAUCAGGUAACAAAAUUUAAGAAUAAUUUAAAAAAACAAUAGAAUAUGAUUGAUGAUGAAAUUAUUAUUUAAUCAAUAGCAUUUCAUCCAACAUCUGACAAUAUUCUCAACUAAUUUUAAUAAUUGAUAAAAAUAAUGCAUAGAAAUUUAGAUCAAAGGAAGGUGAUAUCUAUUAUGAAAUAAUAAUAUAAUAAUUUUUUACCUGUACAAUUUAUUUAAAAUCUAAUGGAUGAAGUGGAAGAUAUUUAUAUUUAUAUUAAACCUACUUUUCAAAAAUUAUAAUUAGAUAUUAAUGUAAUAUAAAAUGAAUUGAUUUAUUAAUUAGAAACUGUGAAUUCAAAUUUAUAGUAGUUUUUUAAAAACAAUGAUUAAAUGAACCUACUUAAUAAAGAAUUUGAAAGGAGUACUAAUAAAUAACUUAUAGUUAAAUCUUUGGUGAUACAUACUUUAAGAGAUUAUUACCAAAUGCAAUUAGAAAUAUUUUUAGGAUUAGGGGUUUUGCAAAGUUUAAAUUAGUAAUCAAUAUAAUUUGAUAUAAAAUUUAAAUAAUUUUAUGAUACAAUGUGCUUACUUUCAUUAGUUGAAGAUGAGAAAUUGAUACAUAUAUAAAAUAUUUUAAGAAAUCAAUUUCAUCGUGUAGAAGAUUUAAUUAACUUUUCAAAUUUAAAUUCUAUCUAAGAAGUUUUGAAAAUUUACAUAAAUUUAAUAUAUAAUGAAAUUUUUUAAAGUUUUACUAUUCCAGAUGAAUACUUUUGUGAAGAAUUCAUUCAUAAUUAAAUGAUAUUCCAUUCACAUCAUAUUAAUUCUAAAGGAAUCAUUAGACAUUGUAGAAUAGCUUAAUAAACAAAUUAGAUACCAACAGAUGUAGUAAAAUUCAUUAAAGAAAAUUAAAAUUUGAAUUAAGAAUUAAAAUUAAAAAUUAGUUUUGUUAUUUAAAAAUAAAAUCCAAAAUAAGAUGAAGAAUAAAAAAUAGUUUUAAAUUGCUUAUUAUAUUAUGCAAAUGAAUUGAAAUAACAUCAUUUAUUAUUUCAAAUUAUUAAUCUAAAUGAUUAAUUAUAACUCAAAGAUUCUUUGAAACUAAUAGUUGAUAAUUUAUUAUCAUUCAGAUUAGAUGUGAGGACUACAGAUAAAAUUGGAGAAUAUUUACUUAGUUUUUCAAGAGAUAAAUAUUAAAUUUUAUCAAACAAGAACAGAAUUAUAUCUUAUUUUAGUUUUCUUAUAAAAAUGGAAUCAAAAGCAAAAGUAAUUUAAUUAUUAUAAUUUUAGGCUUACACUUUAUUAUUUGAAUAUAUAGUUAAUUUAGAAUCUUUGCUAUUUAAUAUAUCAUAAAAGGACUUAGUUUUUGUAAUAAGAACUCAAUUAGAUUGUAUAACUUUAUUGUUAAAUCAAAUGUAAUUACAUAGUAGGCAAGACAAGAAGCCAUAUGCUUUAUAAAUUGUAUGUAAAAUAAAGGAUGAAAUUUAUCGAUAAUUUUUAAAUCCAAGUACAUUAGGAGAAUUACGAGAGUUUAAAUAAAAUUCUUAAGGAAAUAUUAGAGUAAUAAAUUUUGAAUAAAUUCAAUUAUUUAAUUCAUACAAAUAGAUCUAAUAUUUUGUUAGUAUAAAUUAUACUCCUUAGGCAUAAUUGUAGAAAGUAGUAGAACAAUUGAUUUUACAUAAUUAAAUUGAUUAGCUAAUAGAAAUGGGGAAAUUGAGAAUAGAUCCUUAUUAUGAAAGAAAUGUAGCAUUUUGUUACUUUUGGAAUGAGAAUUCAAGAAAGGAAUUGAUAAAUAAAUUGACAGAUGUAAUGAAGGAGUAAGAGUUUUCAAUAGUUCUGGCUUAGAUUUGUGUUUAUUGUAAUUUAAAAAGCAUACAUUGCCAAGAAUUAUAUAAAAUAGCUCCUUGUAAGGGUUCCUUUUUAUAAUAUCUCAUCAGCGUUGAUAAAGAAUAAAUUGUUUAAGAGAUUAUUUGA